AAACACAUAAAUAUAAUCAUCACCUCAAGCAUACCAAAACUAUUAUCAUAGUCUAAUAGUAUUAAGCUAAAAAAAAUGGCUUCCAUGAAUUUUUGGUCAUUGAUUUUAGCACUUGUACUUAUAGCAUUUUCAUCAAUGACAAAUGUUGAAGGGGCACGUAACAUUCAAAAAAUACAUGAAGUUUCCAAAGUUGAUUUGCCAACACUACCUACUCUACCAACAUUGCCAACAUUACCAACUAUUCCAAACUUAGGUGUUCCAUUAGUCCCUAAUGUUCCUGGUAUACCAACUGUGCCAACAAUUCCUCAAAUUCCAACUGUUCCUAUUAUACCAACUGUGCCUCAAAUUCCUCAGAUUCCUGGUGUCCCUGGUGUGCCUAUACCAUAAGUACUUAAUGUUGAUGAAUUCUAGUACUUUGUACUAUUUAUGUGUUUGUUAAAAUUUGUUUAUGUUAUUUAAGGGUGUUUCUGUUGGGGUUUCAUUUGUAAUUUAUGAUAUAUUUGGGUAUGUUUUAUUGAUUACUACUACAUAUUGUUGACUGUGAUUGUACCAUCUGAUUAAUGUGGCCUAUUUAGCUAUUGUUUAUAUAUUAUAUAUAUUUAAUUUCAUA